GAAAAAGGUUCUAUUUAAUUUAAUAUUACAACAAAAAGUAAUUCUUCAGCCAUUAAAUUUCACUUUAUAAUUUAUGUUAAUAUUUAUUUAUUUUGUAUUGCACACAUUCUUGUAGCUCCUUGUGAAGCUUACUUUAAAAAUGAAAAAUGCACCAUAAAAACUUGGAUGUGUAACCGUGUAUUUGGCCAUUUUGGACUGUUUGUUAUCACACAAAGUCUUUGGCGAGUGUUCGCUGUGAGUCGUGCUUUUGGCCAUUUAAUAAUCCGCACCGAAAUAAGAUGUGUUUUGCAUGAUUUCAUUGUUGGCCAUCUGCAUUAGCAUUCCCCCGCUCCAUGGAAUUUUUAACAUCUGGCAGAUGGUAGAUGGUAGAUGGUAUAUGGCAUAGUGGCAUAUCGCACCAAUUAAGGGGAGAGCUGCCAACUAUAAAUGCAGACGGGCUUUGCAAGAUGGUCAUCAGUUAAUCGGUUACGUUCGCUCGGUGCACCUCUAGCUUCCUCAGAUUCAGUGACCAGUGACCCCCAGUGAAGAUGAAACCCUUUGCCUUUAUCGUUGUGGCUGCUCUCAGCUUGGCUGUGGUCAGUGGACGCCCGGGCGCCCAGUAUCUGCCACCUCUGCCGGUUAAGGAGGUGUCCGCUGCGCCCAGCUUCCAGCAGCUGGUGCAGACUCAGCUGCAGCAGCACAUCCAGUCGCAGAUCCAUCCCCAGGUGGAGUCCAUUCAGGCCUCGGUUCCGCUGGCCAGCUUCACCAUCCAGUCGAGUGGACAGCAGCAAUAUCAGAGUGCAUCAGCUCCAGCUCCAGCUCCAGUUUCCAUUCCAGCUCCAGCUCCAGUUUCCAUUCCAGCACCUGCGCCAGUGGUAAUCUCCGCUCCAGCUCCAGCUCCCGCCGCUGCUCCCGUAGAGAUUCAACAGCCGGCUCCGCAAGUGAUCUAUGAAGCACCCAAGCCGGUGAUUGCCACCCAGACGGCGGUGAAGAACGCCUAUCUACCGCCCACUCCUGUCCAGCAAUUUGUGCCCGCUCCGGAGCCAGUGGUUGCGACCAUUGCACCACAGCAGGAGACCAUCACGACCACUUACACAGCCCCAGCACCCGCUCCAAUUGCCAUUCCAGUUCCUGCAGUGCAGGAACAGCACCAGGUGAUCCAGCAGACCUACUCCGCUCCAGCUCCUGCUCCUGCUCCAGUGGUCCAGCAGACAUACUCCGCACCCGCACCAGUUGUACAGGAGCAGACUUACACCGCUCCCGCUCCCGCUCCUGUCCAGGCGGUGCAGCAGACGUAUUCAGCUCCCGCUCCAGUGGCCCAGGAACAAUUCUACAGCGCUCCGGCUCCUGUGGCUCAGCAGACUUACUCCGCUCCUGCUCCGGCUCCAGCUCCAGUUCAGGAACAAUUCUAUAGUGCUCCUGCCCCAGCCAUUCAGCAGACUUACGCUGCUCCAGCUCCUGCUCCAGUCGUUCAGCAGUCGUACUCCGCCCCUGUUCCAGUAGCUCAGCAGACUUACUCCGCUCCAGCUCCAGCCGUUCAGGAGCAAACUCAGGUGGUUCAGACCUACAGUGCUCCGGCUCCGGCUCCCGCUCCAGUUGCUCAGCAGACUUAUUCCUACCCCGCUCCAGUGGUGCAGCAAGCGCCAGUGGUUCAGGCAGUGGCUCAGCAGGCACCUGUGGCUCAGCAGAGCUACUCUGCUCCAGCUCCCGCUCCAGUGGUUCAGCAGACAUACUCCGCUCCAGCUCCCGUGGUCCAAGAAACUAUUCAGCAAGCUCCAGUGAUCCAUCAGGUUCAACAGAGCUACUCUGCUCCUGCUCCCGCUCCCGCUCCAGUGGUUCAGCAGAGCUACUCCGCUCCAGCUCCCGUUUCCAUUCCUGAGCCCGUGCAGCAGAUUGUGCAGCAGCCACAGUACAGUGGUUACUCCUACCAGACUCCUCAGCAGACUUCAGCGCCAGCUCCGGUUCAGGUGUCCCUUCCUGCUCCAGCACCCGUGGUGAUCUCAGCUCCGGCUCCGGCUCCAGUUGCUAUCCCUGCCCCAGCUCCAGUUCCAGCUCCUGCCCCAGUUCAGCUGCAGCAGUCCUUUGUGCCAGCACCACCUGCCCCCAUCCAAGUGCAGCAGCCAGCCCAACCCAUUGUACAGUACUCACCGCCAGCGGUGCAACAGCAGGUGACCUACACCCAGUCCGCUCCAGCUCCUGCUCCAGCUCCAGUUCAAGUGUCCGCUCCAGUUCAAGUGUCAGCUCCAGUUCAGGUGUCCGCUCCAGCUGCCAUUCCCCAGCAGGCAGUUCCAGUUGCCGGUCCCGUGGAGAUCGGCACCAGCUACGCCGCCAACGGUGGUUACCUGUACAAGUAGGAUGCCCGUGAAAGGACCCCAGCGGAGGUCCGAACUCGCAUCGAGUUGGGGAUUCAACGAUAAUCGCUAUUUCAGCUGAACAACUUAGUGUUACGUAGCCAAUUUUUUAGUACCUUAUCAUUUUUGUUAAACAAUAAAUUGUUUUUGUUAAAAAAAUGUAGUUUUCAUGUAAAUGAUUUCAUGUAAAUGAUAGAUGAUAGGGAGAAGUGGAAAAAUAAUUAUUACCAAUCACUUUUUUGAGCGAUUUAUUUCGAAACUACUGUUCAGUUUCGUUUCAUUCAAAGACUUAAUAGAUAGAAUUACUUUGCCAUUUGAGUGCAUAAAAGAUACUGUGAAAAAUA